UACAAAGAUACCAGAACUCUAUGUGAUCCGUUCGGACAUUCCGACAAGAAGUGAUGUCGAGGAGCUGUCGGCUUCUCCUCUCUCGCGCUUCACUUUGUUAUCGUCAUCAUCACAGUUUCUCCACUUUCAUAAAACGUAACUCAACUCGAACAUCAAUCAGUAUCAAUGCCUUCUUAUCAGAUCCAUCUCCAUCUCCAUCACCACUUAGUUCCAGAGUCAACGCGCGUGUCCUCUUCUUCUCAACUUCAACUCCAACUCCAACUCCAAAUCCAGAUCACUCUAAAUCCAACAACCAAACCAACACGACGUCGUCUCACAAGAUCCUCCGCACGAUCUCCAGCUACUUAUGGAUGAAAGACAACCCAGAACUCCGUUUCAGAGUCAUCUCAGCAUUAGCCUGUCUCAUCGGAGCAAAGUUCCUCAACGUUCAAGUUCCUUUCCUCUUCAAACUAGCCAUCGACUCACUCUCCUCACACUCUUCAUCAUCAACCAUCGCUACUUCAAACCCUUACCUCCUCGCAGCUUUCGCUACACCUUCCUCAAUUCUCAUCGGCUACGGCAUCGCUCGAUCUACCUCUUCCGCUUUCAACGAACUCCGCACAGCCAUCUUCUCCAAAGUAUCUCUCCGCACCAUACGUUCCCUCUCCAGAAAAGUCCUCUCUCAUCUCCACGAUCUCGACCUCCGUUACCAUCUGAACCGUGAAACAGGGGCUUUGAACAGAGUCAUCGACCGUGGUAGCCGCGCGAUCAACACCAUUCUCUCAGCUAUGGUUUUCAACGUCGUUCCGACAAUCCUGGAGAUAGGUAUGGUCUCGGGCAUUUUAGCUUAUAACUACGGUCCUGUUUUUGGCUUCAUCACUUGUCUCUCCGUUGGUUCGUACAUAGCUUUCACGUUGGUCGUGACACAGUACAGAACCAAGUUUAGAAAAGCUAUGAACGAAGCUGAUAACGACGCUGGCACUAGAGCCGUUGAUUCUUUGAUAAACUACGAGACGGUUAAGUAUUUCAACAACGAGAGUUACGAAGCUAGAAAGUACGAUGAGUUGCUUGGAAAGUACGAGGAUGCUGCGUCUACGACUCAGAAAAGUCUCGCGUUUUUGGAUUUCGGACAGAGUUUGAUUUUCAGUACAGCGUUGUCGACAGCGAUGGUGUUGUGUUCUCAAGGGAUUGUGAAUGGUCAGAUGACGGUUGGUGAUUUGGUUAUGGUGAAUGGUCUUCUCUUUCAGCUCUCUCUUCCUUUGUACUUUCUUGGUGGUGUUUACCGUGAGACGGUUCAGAGUCUUGUGGAUAUGAAGUCGUUGUUUCAGUUGCUUGAGGAGAGAUCUGAGAUUGGAGAUAGAGAUACAGCCGCGAAGCUUCCUGUUCUCGAUCUGAGAGGUGGAAGUAUUCGGUUCGAGGAUGUGCAUUUUAGUUACUUGCCGGAGAGGAAGAUCUUAGAUGGGGUUACGUUUGAUGUAGCAGCGGGGAAGAGUGUGGCGAUUGUUGGUAGUAGUGGAAGCGGGAAGUCUACGAUUCUUAGAAUGAUAUUCAGAUUCUUUGAUACAGAUUCUGGAAAUGUAAAGAUUGAUGGUCAGGAUAUAAAGGAAGUGAGGUUAGAUAGUCUUCGAAGAUGCAUUGGAGUUGUUCCUCAAGAUACUGUGCUAUUCAAUGACACGAUAUAUCACAACAUUCACUAUGGAAACCUCUCAGCAACAGAGGAAGAAGUCUACGAGGCAGCUAGGCGUGCAGCGAUUCACGACACGAUCAUGAACUUCCCGGAGAAAUAUAAAACAGCGGUUGGGGAAAGAGGGCUGAUGCUGAGUGGUGGAGAGAAACAAAGAGUGGCACUAGCUCGCGCCUUUCUGAAAUCGCCUGCCAUUCUGUUGUGUGAUGAAGCAACGAGUGCGCUUGACAAUAAAACAGAGGCGGAGAUCAUGAAGACGCUGAGGUCGUUGGCUAGUAACAGGACAUGUGUUUUCAUUGCACAUAGGCUGACCACUGCUAUGCAGUGCGAUGAGAUUAUUGUGAUGGAGAAAGGUAAAGUGGUAGAAAAGGGGACGCAUGAAGAUUUGUUGGAGAAAUCAGGAAGAUACGCUAAGUUGUGGAUACAACAGAAUAGUAAGAUGGAGGGUUGAAUCUUCAAGUAAGAGCUCAAGUGUUGACUUGACAAUUAUAUGUGAUUCUUCUCUCUUUCUUGUCUUUUACGCAAAAUUUUGAAUAAUUAUUUGCAAAUAUAAUUGUUUGUAAUCCGUUGACAACAGAAAAUAAAUUGUUUGUAAUUUUGUUAAUUUUGUAACCUUUGUAUGUAACAAGGAAAAUAUUUUGUAGUAGUAGAGGC